CAAAAGUCCAAAGUGCAGAAAAGGUGCGGUAGACAAAGGUGGGGAGGAAAGGCGUUUCGAUGAACAGACGGAAUCUAUGAGAUACGUUUAUAAGGAAAACUAUUAAAAACAAUCUAUAUUAGACCACCAUCUAUUGAAGAUUGACUGGACAUCGACAAAAUGACCAACUGGAAGCUGGUUUUUUGCAGCCUAUGUUUAAUCUCAGUGAUGUCGGCUACUUUUGGACUGGAAGUGACAAUGAGUGAAGCAUCCAUGGAGGUUGCCAGAGGUGAUGAUGUCAGACUGACGUGUAAUUUUAAACCUAAGAAACCAGUAAAUGAUCUUAUCAUUGUAACAUGGAUUGGUGACGCUGAUGAGACAUCUGGAGACAAGGUCCUUUUUGGUAACUACUACUCCAAUACUAAUAAAGUAGACAUUGAUCCUCAAUAUGUAAACAGAGUCUCAAUAGAAACAGACCUUACCACAAAAACAUCAACGCUAACAAUAAAGCAAGUCACUCAGAAGGAAAGCAGAAAAAUUAGAUGUUAUGUUCAGAUCCCUGGAGACAUCGAAGGCAAACCAGCAGACACUACUUUUCUUUUGGUUCAGGUUGCACCAUCACAGCCUGUCUGUAAAGUAGUAGGAACAGCAGAAUACGGACACAAUAUUAGCCUAACCUGUGUCUCUGAGGAAGGUUCACCAGUACCUACAUACAAAUGGGAGAGAUAUAGCGUCAAAAAUGUCCCACAAGGGUUUCCUAUCAAAACCACUGAGAAGGAUGGAGUUCUGUCGUUGGUCAAUGUAUCAAGUGAGACGUCAGGUUACUAUAUUUGCCUGUCAAGCAAUAAGGUUGGAUCAGCUAAAUGUAACAUGACAUUGUCCGUUCUGCCUCCGUCCAUGAAUCUUGCCACAAUAGGCAUUGUUGCUGGUUGUGUUGCUGGGGCUGCGGUGCUUCUAAUAGUCAUCAUCUGCUGCUGCCGCAAACGCAAACAAAAACAGAAGCUUAAAGAGUACCAAAUGGAAAAACCUGCAGUGGAAUACCAUGACAAUUCACCUCUAGAAAAUAUUGACGAAAGGAACACAGACACCAUAGCAAUCACUGACGAGAGAACUGGCAAGGCCCGAAAUGAUGAUUUUGAAGAUCGGUAUGAUGACAGUGGAAGUGGCCGUGACGACUUCAGAGGCCGUGAAAAUCACAAAGGAAGCCGCGAUGAACUCAGAGAUCACAAUGAUGAUCGCAGAGGAAGCCGUGAUGAACUGAGAGAUCGAUACGAGGAUCGAAGAGGAAGUCGUGAUGAACUUAGAGAUCGCUACGAGGAUCGCAAAGGAAGUCGUGAUGAACUUAGAGAUCGCUAUGAGGAUCGCAGAGGAAGUCGCGAUGAACUUAGAGAUCGCUACGAGGAUCGGAGGGGAAGUCGUGAUGAACUUAGAGAUCGAUAUGAAGAUCGCAGGGGAAGUCGUGAUGAACUAAGAGAACGCUAUGAUGACCGCAGAGAUCAAUAUGAUGACCGUAGAGAUCAUUAUGAUGAUCGUAGAGGUAGUCGUGAUGAUCUUAGAGAUCGGUAUGAUGACAGAAGAGAACGGUAUGAUGACCGAAAAGGUAGUCGUGAUGACCUUAGAGAUCGCUACAGAUAAAAUCAUUCAGAUCAAUAUAAAAAUCAACACCUCUGAUAGCACACGUACAUCAAGACUUCAGUCUGAUAUUUGUGUUUUUAUCUGAAGGACGUAUUUAUUAGAGAGUUUGCUCAUCUGCAAAACAUCUAUUAGAUGACUAUUUUUAGAUGUUAAAUAAACAUUU